AUGUUCUUUCCCGCCCAGUUCGGUAGGCUCAAGUUCGUUCCUACUUGGGUGCUGCUUUCACAAAACUUUGAUGGCAUUCUCGAGGUGAAAAAUGAAGCCAUCCAUGGCGCAUCCUGGGGCGAGCGAGACCAACACAUUCAAGUUGGCGUACGUUCCUCGCUACAGCCCGGAUUGCAGCUCCACUCCUCGGGACAACAGGGUACAGACUCAGACUCUACGGAUGCCUCGUCACAGCCAUUGUAUAGAUGGCUUGGGGAGCCUUCGACGGACGGUCCCUAUAACCACAUUGCCGAAAGACGCUGGGGAAAUAACCAUGUUGCUCGGGCUGAGACCGGACCCGCGAAUGCUUCAAACCGCGGAGUAUCCCGCGAAGAGGAUCGCGGCUCAAAGAAGCAACUCGACGUGGAUCUCAACAUCGGGCCCAACAUGGGAGGCGAGUUGCCGCAUCAGGCCUAUUGGCUUCCUUGCGAGUUUCUUUAUGAGGUGCAGACCGUCUGA